AUGUUGAGUGUUGCUAUAAGCUACAAAGAGGUUUUUGAUCGGGUAAAGACAAGAGACCCAAAGUAUACAUGUUUUCCUACAGACCAGGAAUGGGAGUUGGAUAGUGAGAUUUGUGAAAGAUUACAGCUUUUUUAUGAGGUGACUGUUAUGUUCUCUGGUUCAAAGUAUCCUACAACUAAUGUUUUUUUUUUUCCUUUGAUAUGUGAGAUUGGGUAUUCUUUGCGUGAAUGGACAAAAUCUCCUAUUGAGGAGAUUAGGGAGAUGGCUGAACAAAUGGUUUCUAAGUUCAAUAAGUAUUGGUCUGUAAUUCAUGGGAUAAUGGGAAUGGCAGCGGUUUUAGAUCCACGAUACAAGUUAAAGUUUGUGGAGCUACUUUUUCCUGUGCUUUAUGGAGAAGAAAAGGCAAAGAUUGAAUUUCAAAAUUUGGAGGGGUUUGUCAAAACUUUGUUUCAAGAGUACGAGUCAAGUGUUUAUGAUGGUUCGGUUCCCGGUUCAUCUUCAUUUGGUUCUAGUAUGUCUUCCGAUCAUCGUGUUGGAUUCAAAAAGCUUUUAUCAGAUAUUGCUUCUAUUACUAGAGAUGAUGAUGACUCAGGAGGUAUGAGUGAGUUGGAUAACUACUUGAAGGAGAAAUUGUUGCCUAAAGACAUGGAACUUGAUUUCUUGGCGUGGUGGAAAACAAAUGGGAUUAAAUACCCGACACUACAAAGGAUCGCUAAAGAUAUAUUAACUAUUCCUAUUUCCAUUGUUGCCUCGGAAUCAGCUUUCAGCACUAGUGGAAGAUUAGUAAGUCCUCAUCGUAGUCGAAUUCAUCCAAAGACAUUGGAGGCUUUAAUGUGUGCUCAAAGUUGGUUGUUGAAUGAAAUUCGAGCAACUUGUUCUGAAGAGACCGAGGCAUAUUGUCAUUCUGUUGAAUUUGAUUAUGAUGUGGAAGAGGAAAACACUAAAGAAAGCGGGACAACAAGUUUGGAUGAUUUUGUUUGAUUUUGAGUUUGUUUUAAUGUUAAGUGGUAAUGUAUUAUUGUGAUGAAUUAGUUUUUCAUAUUUUGUACUUUGGUAUUUUGGUUGGUUGGUUGUUGUUACAAUACUAGACUAUUAGUAAUUUCUAUUUGGUUAAAU